AUGAUCCGACGGGGCAGAACAGAGGGAUGGCUCAAAGAGUCCAUCGAUGUGCUACCUACAUGGGCUACGUUCAAUGGGGUCAAGUUUAAUGGUGUCAAAGUUGGCCCGCUACCAGGCUAUGAGGACAGAGGAUCAACCGUCAUCGCUGACAAGAAGCUCCAAGGAGGCGCCGCUGAGCCUAUGCUCGCCGUGCCAAAGGAAUUGAUCAUAUCUCGCCAGAACAUUGAACUUCUUGCAAAGGCAGACCACCAUCUUCGAGAAAUUCUCGAAGCUCUUGGAGACUUUGGAAGGACGACAAGAGGCGCCAUACUUACAUUUCUACUCUUACAAGCCACCAUUUGCUGUCCUGAGACAAAGGGAGUUGGCGUCCUGAAUCCCCUCACGGAAUACAUCAAGUUUCUUCCAGAUGAGCUGCUUCCCACAUUCUGGACCGAGGAAGAACGGGAGCUCUUAGUUGGAACCACGCUCAAACCUGCAGUUAGCGCAAAAUUGAAUGGGUUGCUGCGCGAAUUUGAGAAAUUGCGAACUGCGACAAAGUCAAUUAGCUGGUACAAUGGCAUGCUGGACUUUGACGACUGGAUGCGUGUCGACGCCAUGUACCGGUCUAGAGCGCUGGAGUUUCCAGGUACUGGUGACUGCAUGGUUCCCUGCGUGGAUAUGGCAAAUCAUGCAUCGGGAGAUGCAACAGCUGCCUUAUAUGAGACCGAUGGGAACGGAAAUGGGUUGUUACUACUUCGGGAGGGCAAACAUGUCGAACCUGGCGAAGAGGUUACGAUCACGUACGGGGACGACAAAGGCGCAUGUGAGAACAUCUUUUCGUACGGAUUUAUCGAAGAUACAACGUCUUGUGCGAAAGUCAUGUUUCUUGACCUUGACAUUCCAGAUGACGACCCCCUCAGACCUGCAAAGAUUUAUGUUUCAAAGGUUGCACCAGGCUUCCGCAUCUUUGAGAAGGACGGCAACAUAGAAUGGGAAAGCGACUUCGUAUGGCUUGUUGUAGUCAACGAAGAAGACGGCCUAGACUUCAAGAUCAGACAAACGACGGACGGCAAGAGAGAAAUCCAGUCUUUUUGGAAUGAGCAAGAACUCGACACGGUCAAGUUGCGGGAACACCUUGAACAGGACCCAGCAUGGGAUGUCUUCCGACUCCGUGCCACGGUACUUCUACAAAACCGUGUUGACGCACAGAUCGACACACUCAAGGAAUCAAAGGGCGCUAGACGGGACAGUACCAUGCGGGACAUGCCGUGGAAACUUGCGGAGCGACUCCGAAGUCUGGAGCUAGACAUGCUCGAGCGUGCUGCAUCCACACUUGAUAGCCAGAAAGGCAAACUCCUAGACACUGAGGCUGUAAUACAUUACCUUGGUUUAAACGAGGGAGCAGAGGAUGAAGAAGAGGAUUUCUCCUGA